UUGAAAUCGAUGGACGCCAACCGGUAUGCCACCAAGAAGACGAUCGCCCAGGGCAUGCUGGACAUUGCCUUGCUGACAGCGAACGCAUCCCAGCUGAAGUACAUCCUGCAAGUGGGCGAAAAGCACGAAUUCUACACGCUAAUGUUGGUUCUCAUCAGCAUUUCUAUUAUCCUGCAGGUUUCGGCCGCCAUGCUGGCCGUCAUACUGACACUGGUUAACUUUCACAAAGGCGAACUGCACCAGCGGGUGGCCAACAUUUUGAACCAUUUUUCGUUGGGUUUCGUGGUGGUGGCACUGUUCUGCGACAUCAUCAAGAUGAACUUCGGGCUGGAUCCGGCAGUUCCCACUAUUCAUAACUAGAGAAACUAUUGUAGCAUUAUAAUUAAGUUAGUCUAGCUAUUUUGUUCUGAGCGUGUAUUGAUUGAGUGAAAAGAUACCAA